UCGGAGGCGGGCUUGAGAGCAGCGGCAGGGGAGGCGCGCAGGAGCCUCGGCGGCGGCGGCGGCGGCGGCCGAACCGACAGAGUCGAACCCGACACUAAAACCGAAUAAUUUUCCACUUGUUCAUCAAGAUGGAAAGCUCAGAUUCUAACGAUAAAGGAAGUGGUGAUCAGUCUGCAGCACAGCGCAGAAGUCAGAUGGACCGAUUGGAUCGGGAAGAAGCUUUCUAUCAAUUUGUAAAUAACCUGAGUGAAGAAGAUUAUAGACUUAUGAGGGAUAACAAUUUGCUAGGCACCCCAGGUGAAAGUACUGAGGAAGAGUUGCUGAGAAGACUACAGCAAAUUAAAGAGGGCCCACCACCACAAAACUCAGAUGAAAACAGAGGUGGAGACUCUUCAGAUGAUGUGUCUAAUGGUGACUCUAUAAUAGACUGGCUUAACUCUGUCAGACAAACUGGAAAUACAACAAGAAGUGGGCAAAGAGGAAACCAAUCUUGGAGAGCAGUGAGCCGGACUAAUCCAAACAGUGGUGAUUUCAGAUUCAGUUUAGAGAUCAAUGUUAACCGUAAUAAUGGGAGCCAAAAUCCAGAGAAUGAAAAUGAGCCAUCUGCAAGACGUUCUGGUGGAGAAAAUACAGACAACAGCCAAAGGCAAGUGGAAAAUCCACGAUCUGAAUCAACAUCUACAAGGCCAUCCAGAUCAGAACGAAAUUCAACUGAAGCAUUAACGGGAGAAGUCGCACCUACCAGAGGUCAGAGAAGGGCAAGAAGCAGGAGCCCAGACCAUCGGAGAACCCGCGCGAGAGCUGAAAGAAGUAGGUCACCUCUGCAUCCGAUGAGUGAAAUUCCACGAAGAUCUCAUCAUAGUAUCUCAUCUCAGACUUUUGAGCAUCCUUUAGUAAAUGAGACCGAGGGAAGUUCUAGAACCCGGCACCAUGUGACAUUGAGACAGCAAAUAAGUGGACCCGAUUUGCUGAGUAGAGGUCUUUUUGCAGCUUCUGGAACAAGAAAUGCCUCACAAGGAGCAGGUUCUUCAGACACAACCAGCAGUGGUGAAUCUACAGGAUCAGGACAGAGACCUCCAACCAUAGUCCUUGAUCUUCAAGUAAGAAGAGUCCGUCCUGGAGAAUACCGGCAGAGAGAUAGCAUAGCUAGCAGAACUCGGUCGAGGUCUCAGACGCCAAACAAUACUGUCACUUAUGAAAGUGAACGAGGAGGUUUUAGGCGUACAUUUUCACGUUCCGAACGGGCAGGUGUGAGAACCUAUGUCAGUACCAUCAGAAUUCCGAUUCGUAGAAUCUUAAAUACCGGUUUAAGUGAGACUACAUCUGUUGCAAUUCAGACCAUGUUAAGGCAGAUAAUGACAGGUUUUGGUGAGUUAAGCUACUUUAUGUACAGUGAUAGUGAUUCCGAGCCUAGUGGCUCAGUCUCGAGUCGAAAUGUGGAAAGGGCAGAGUCACGGAAUGGAAGAGGGAGUUCUGGUGGUGGUAGCAGUUCUGGUUCCAGUUCGAGUUCCAGUUCGAGUUCGAGUUCCAGUUCCAGUUCUAGUUCCAGUUCCAGUCCUAGUUCCAGUUCCAGUGGUGAAAGUUCAGAGACUAGCUCAGAGGUGUUUGAAGGCAGUAAUGAAGGAAGCUCAUCAUCAGGCUCAUCAGGUGCCAGACGAGAGGGUCGACACAGGGCCCCGGUAACCUUUGAUGAAAGUGGCUCUUUGCCCUUCCUUAGUCUGGCUCAGUUUUUCCUCUUAAAUGAGGAUGAUGAUGACCAACCUAGAGGACUUACCAAAGAACAGAUUGACAACUUGGCCAUGAGAAGUUUUGGUGAAAACGAUGCAUUAAAAACCUGUAGUGUUUGCAUUACAGAAUAUACAGAAGGCAACAAACUUCGUAAACUACCUUGUUCCCAUGAGUACCAUGUCCACUGCAUCGAUCGCUGGCUAUCUGAGAAUUCUACUUGUCCUAUUUGUCGCAGAGCAGUCCUAGCUUCUGGUAACAGAGAAAGCGUUGUGUAAUUAAGUUCUGAACUCUUCAGCUAUGUAGCUGGUAUAGUGAUGGGCAAACAGGAAUCACUUGCUUUAUGCCCACUUUUUGAGUGGUGCUUAAAUGUAAAGUAGCAACCUGAAUUGAGUCAUUGCUUUCUGAGUGAAUCAUUGUCCUUUUUCCAAUUUCUGUUCCAGAAUAAAAGGAAAUAUUUAAAAAGCAAUGUUUUAGGACAUAAAAAUCUGAUUUCAGUACCAGUAAUUGAUAUUACUGAUGAUUUGUCAUAUACGCUUAUCAGUUUCUCCUUUGUUAUCUUAAAAGAUUUGCCUUAGCAAUGGCUCUUUAUCCGUUUCACGUUGAUCUUUAACGUUUCCCACGCCAUAGGAGAGAAGGGCAAAGGAAAUUCCCAGUUUAGACUAAGUUACAGUACAUGUUUCAUAAGUGAUUGCUUAAAGCUCUACCAUUCCCAGUUCUUAGUUGGCACAAAUUCAGCUACAUGCUGAAUAUCAUUUGUUCACCUUUCAGAUGAGGUGAUAUUGGACGUCAGUGUAAAUAACACUAAGGUUAGGAUCUUCUAAGUGUAUAACUGUCUCCUAAGCCCAUCACUGUGGCACACUGUAGAGUGAGCUUAUAGUUUAAUUGAGAUAUUUAUCUUGUGGAAAUAUUAAAAAAGCCUAUGCUUGUGUAAGUGAAAAAAAUCACAUUCAUUUGUUUAAAAAUGUAAAGCUAUUUUGUAGAGGCUCAGUACUUUUCCAAUGCACUGUUGUAUUAAUGCAUUAAAAAUUGUAAAGUACCAUGCUUAGAAAUGAAAAAAACUGCUUUUUGUGAGCCAACAUAGUAAAAAAAAAAAAAAAACAACACACCAAACAAAGUACAGAGCUGCUUUUGUAAGUGUGUAGAUGUCAAGAGCAGAACAUAUCUAGUAUUUAAUGUAUGUGAACAGCUACUGUGACAUGCAAAGGAAAGGACAGAGUGCAGAAUUGAACUGCAUUGAAGAUACCAAUGGAAACUUGGUACUUUAACUUGGAUUUAGGCAGGAAAUGAAAGACGGGAGGAGUCAAGAAAACUGCUCUGAAGAAUUUAAAAUUUUUAUGAAGACAGUAAUCAUACAGACGGGAACUGGUUUCAUAUGGUGAGGUCCUUGACACAGUAUUCUGCUUGCGCUGAUGAAGUAGAUUAAAUUUGGUAGAGUUUUGGUUAAAAACAAACAAACCACUACCACGUAGCACAAGUUACAUCGAUGUUUUCACAAGUCUGCUCCUCAGAAAAGGAAAAAAAAGAAGGUGGAGGAAAAAGACUAUAAACCACUUUUAGCAUAAGAAUUGAAGUUGGUACAGAUGUGUGUACUAAUAGGAAAGUCUCAAAUUUGCGUUAUUUUCUAGAUUUGUCAUUUAAGGUACCAGUGCGCACUUGUUAAUAUUUCAUUACCAUCUAACACAGACCUAACAUCUUGCAUUUAAAGGCCAAUUGAGGAACUAAGGGAUGUUUAUCCUUUGUUGAAAGUGAAUCAUGUUGGGUCAUUGAGAUUCAAAUUUUAAUGGUGCUGCCCAUAUUUGAAGAUGAGGCUGCUGACUCACAAUCUAUGGGACACGCAUUUUGUGUUGUUUCCUUAGUAAUGAGAUUAGGUUUGUGAAGAACCCCAGUACUCUUGCCGAAUUUCUCUUUUGAGGCCAGUUGGGGUUAGGAUUAGUCUGACUGUGGAGGAUUUGUUUGUUUAUCUGGGAGAAGAUAGUGUACCCAAAUAGGAAUUGAACACAUCCUUGGUCUUUAAAGUGAAAACUACCCAUGCAUAGUCAGAUACUCU